AUGGAAUCUCUUGAAGCAUGUUUAUCUGCAACUGCAUACUAUUUUCCUAACUAUACUCCUGUAAUAUAUAUAGUGUAAUUAUCACAAUUUCAACAUAA